GGGGCAGCGAGCGCCUUUCCGCGGCGAGGGCGGCCGCGCUGUGCACCUGCGAGCGUGCAGGGCUCGUGCAGCCCUAAAGGGAGGCAGCCGAGAAGAGGCACCCUGCUUCGGCCCUCGCAGAGGGUGCCCGCAGAUAGCGCGGGUAUCUUUGGCCAUCCGGCUGCGGCGGGAGGAGCGGAAUAGCAAGGGGAGAUAAACGUCCCUGAGGCUUUUGUUCUGAGAUAAACUUUUUCAUCCUGCUAGCAAGUUCUAGGAAGAAUUCCCUGCUUCGGAGAGGGUGGGAAGGCGUUACGCGUGGGCUUCAGGGCAAGGGACGUAGCCUUGCAUGUGUGCUAUCCCCGUUUCCAACCUGAGACUCUUGCGGCCCUUUACAAAGGGAAACAACUACUUAUGCUCGUUUUAUAUGUUAGGGCAACCGCAGUCCUGAGAACGAAGUCAGUUGCCCUAGGCUACAUAGCUCGUCAGGGCAGAGACUGAAACACCCAUUUUCUAUGCAGCUGUGGUUGCUUGACUCUAGUGCUGCUUGUAUUUGUGGAAAGUUUCUCUGCUAAUACUAUACUGGUUCUGUUUUACUUGCUUCUGCUGCUAUUGUACAAGGAAAAGUUCUUCCUGUAUUUUACUGGUUUAAGACCUGUUGCUUGCUCUGUGUGCAGACUCGAGCUGUUACUUUCUUUUGUCCGUAGAACCUCUGAAUAGAGCUCUGAUCUUAUGCAGCACGAGUAACUCAGAUUUGCCUGCAGCAGAAACUUUCCACAGGCAAAGUGAAAUCCUACUGGCUCCUUUCAAAACUUGCAGCACUGAUAAAAUUCAUAUUCCUAGAAAAAGCAUAUAGUACCUAGCAUGUGAUAUGACUUGUUUGUUUGUCAGUGAGUGGCAGCAGGAUGGUCUUGUUUGCCUUUCUGCUGCUUGUACACAUACAUCUGAAAGCCUAAGUUUUGAUCUGCCUUAAUUUUAAAAGUAAUAAAAUAAUGACAUGUCUUUAGCAUCAUUCUUUCAGUAGUGGCCUUCCACAGAGAUGAAGCAGGGUGGCCUAAAGUUAGGUAGCUGGCCCGGAUUCAGACCGAUAGUGUAGUUGAGAUGCUCCGUGAGCUAUAUCCCGACCUCCACUAUGAGAUUGUUGCCAUGUCAACAACGGGAGACAAGAUCUUGGAUACAGCGCUUUCCAAGAUUGGGGAGAAGAGCCUCUUCACCAAAGAGCUGGAAAAUGCACUCGAAAGAAAUGAAGUUGACCUGGUGGUUCACUCCUUGAAGGACCUGCCAACUUCUCUCCCUCCUGGCUUUACGAUUGGCGCUAUCUGCAAAAGGGAAAACCCACAUGACGCUGUUGUCUUUCAUCCCAAGAAUUCUGGGAAAACACUCAGCCUCCUUCCUGAAAAGAGCGUAAUUGGAACCAGUUCACUUCGGCGAGCAGCCCAGCUCAAAAAGAGGUUCCCUCAGUUAGAAUUCAGGGAUAUCAGAGGGAAUUUAAACACCCGCUUGAAGAAACUCGAUGAGAAGGAAGACUUCAGUGCCAUAAUCCUGGCUGCUGCUGGGCUGAAGAGAAUGGGCUGGGAGAAUCGCAUUGGCCAGAUCCUAAGCCCGGAAGACUGUCUGUAUGCUGUUGGACAGGGUGCCUUAGCAGUGGAAGUUCGUGCCAAAGACCAAGAGAUACUGAAUAUGGUAUCUGCCCUGCAUGAUGGAGAAACUGUGCUAUGCUGCAUUGCUGAGAGAGCCUUUAUGAAACAUUUGGAGGGUGGAUGUAGUGUUCCUGUUGCAGUCAACACCACGCUGAAAGAUGGCCAGUUGUAUUUGACUGGAGCAGUCUACAGCUUGGACGGUUCCGAUAGCCUGAAGGAGACUAUGCAGACCAGUGUUAAUUAUCCACAACAGAAUGAAGAUGGACCAAAUGAUGAUGUGCAGCAUGUUGGCAUCACGGCCAAGACUGUUCCUUGUCAGGCCCAGCAAGCUGCAGAGAACCUUGGUGUUGAACUUGCUAAUUUACUUCUGAGUAAGGGGGCUAAACAUAUCCUUAGUGUAGCAAGGCAGCUCAAUGAUGCCCGCUAAACCUGUGGUGCGGUAGGCAUGAUUGCUACAGCUGUUGCUCAGGCCUCUGCAGCUGCUGUAUCUUCAUCCUUUGGGGGAAGGGAUUUAUUUAAACAUUCACAUCAGUCUCAUCUGAUGUGUGGACAUAAAAACUUGAAAUACAAAGUUAACUUGUGAGUACUUAGCUUUUCAGGGAUUUCAUCCUGUUCUACAUUUCUCCAACUUGCAAGCUAUCUCUGUGAAGCUCAUUUCAAUUAUUUUAUUUUGUCACUAGAAAGUCAAACUUGGGAAAUGUUCUCAUACAGCAUUUAGAAAUAAGGAACUGAAUACAAAUUAAAGACUAAGCUGUGACAGUACUAAAGAAAAUAAUGUCCUCUGGGUAGUUAUAGAACUUGCAUAAUUCUUUGACUGUUAUUUGGGCCUGUUCAUUCAUCAGAUUGAUGGAAGGGAGCUGAAUUAGGUUGCUAAUACAGGGUUCUUCAUAGUAGAGUCCCAGGGACACUGUGUUCAUCAUAGGCCUCAGUUAAAGAAUUAAGUUUGAAGUAUCAGAUCUAAAUUUGCCACCAACCACUAAUCAAUUCUAAUCUGAAGUACCUGGAUGGCUAAUUUAUCCCUGGAUAGAUGGAAUCUGAGACAGUCGUUUAUAUACUAUAACCAAUCAACUUUGAUCUAAACUUAAAGAGGAAGAAAACUGGGCUUAUGGUGCCUUUUUCUGUAACUGUUGGCUAUUUCCUUGUACUGUAGUAAAGAGUUAACAUGUCCAGUUCCCUUUGCAGGUUCUCUCUCCAGAGCUCCUGCGCUAGUGCCUUGUAGGAACACUGACAUGGCAUCUUACCGGGGUGUUGUUUUGGAAAUGAAGCAUUGUUUAUUCUCUUGGCAACGUCCACUGAAUGUAACAGCCAAUAAAUACAGUGAAGUUAAAGGAC